AUGGCUUGCAUGGAGCUUCUCUACCUGGCUGAGGAGAGCAGGCAGCCGCCCCUGGGCUCGGCAGCCGCCACUGCUGUGGCAGCCCUGCACUGCGAAAGGCAUUGCAAGCCCUUGCAGAGGGGCCCUGUGGCUGAGCACUCCCCAGAACCCCAGCCUUUCCCCCCGGGCACCUCGUCCCAGGAGCACCCUGCACCCCCUGGCGCCUCCCAGCCCUGCCAGCCACCCGAGCACUUUCCCAGGGAAGAGGAUGGAGGGAAAAAGAAAGCCUGCUGCUGUGCCCAGGAACUUGAGACGUCGUUCACCUAUGUGGAUGAAAAUGUAAACCUGGAGCAUACAAGGAGUCCUUCCAGUCCUACAGACAGCCGCUGCCAGGAUGCCCCUCUGCAGCCGCGUUCCUACAGGGAGCUGCCACCUGAGUGGGUGCACGAUUCUCCUUCCCUGGUCUCUGAGGAGGACGAUGCUGCCUCGGAGACAGCAGCGGGGAAGUCCGUGGACUAUGGGUUCAUUAGUGCCAUUUUGUUCCUGGUCAGUGGCAUUUUGCUGGUGAUCAUUUCCUACGUGGUACCCAGAGAUGUGACUGUGGAUCCCAACACUGUGGCUGCCCGGGAGAUGGAGAGGCUGGAGAACGAGAGCGCUAGGAUCGGGGCUCACCUGGACCGCUGUGUUAUCGCUGGGCUCUGUCUCUUAACUCUGGGGGGAGUGGUGCUCUCCAGCUUGCUAAUGAUGUCCAUGUGGAAAGGGGAGCUGUACCGGAGGAGCAGGUUUGCGUCCUCCAAGGAGUCUGCGAAGCUCUAUGGGUCUUUCAAUUUCAGAAUGAAGUCUGGUGCAAACGACAAUACGCUCGAGCUGUCGUUAGUUGAGGGAGAUGUGCUUGCCAUAGAUAAUUAGUGUGGUCGUAAUUUUUAAGGCAGCAUUUCUACAGGAAAAUAUGUUUCAUUAAAGAAAACAGAUGCAGCUUAAGAUAGCUGGUGAUGCAGUUUAUUUGUCUGACGAGAAUGGUUUUUUCUUAAGCUCUAUAAUCAAAUGUUUGCAGUAUAUGAGCACUUGUUGUAAAGGGGAAACGUGCCAGAGAAAAUGCAACUGAUAGAAAAUAAUGAAAACCACUGAAUAAAAAAAGAUUUGUGAUAA